AUAACUCCUUGUUUCUUACAUUUUUUAUUCCAAAUAAAAAUUAAUUUUAAAACGUAACUAUUACAUUUUAGGGAAAUCAUUGAUGGAGACAUUUCGUGAAAUCUUAAGGAUAUUCGGGGAUUCUGCUCGAGAUUAUGUUCGGGAUUAUGUUUGGGAUUAUGUUUGGGAUUAUGUAGACUGCCACAGAAAACUUGAAGAAGAUCUGAAUGAGUUCAGAAACGAAUUUCAGGUUUUAAAGAGGAGAAAAAUUGACGUUAAAUCAAGAAUACAAGCAGAGGUUCACCCAGGGCAAGUGGUGAAACAAGAAGUGAGGGGCUGGCUUAACGAUGUUCGAAAGAUCAAAAAAGACAUACAAGAUGUUGAAGAAAGGGCGCGCAGAGUUUCAUACUUCCAACGUGCCAGUCUCGAUAAACUUGUGCGUGAAAAAGUUGAAGUGGUGAAGAGAAUUCAAGAGGGGGGCAUUUUCAAUGAAGGCCUUGUGAUUGACAGAGCUCCAGCUCGUGGAGUCAUAAUUCCAACAGAGAAUUUAGUGGGGGAAAUUUCUACUAAGGAAGAAAUUUGGGGGCACUUGAUGGGUGAUGAGAUUGGAAUGAUUGGAGUUUGUGGGAUUGGUGGAGUUGGAAAGACUACGAUCAUGAAGAAUCUCCACAAUGAUUUACAGAGGGAGACUAGAUUUCAGAAAGUGAUCUGGGUUACUGUGUCACAUCCUCUCAAUUUUUUUGAAUUACAAAAGAAGAUUGCUCGUGAUAUGGGCGAAAGUCUUCCAGAGGAUGAAGAUGUGAUGAUGCGAGCAGCAGCACUAAUGCAAAUAAUGAGAAGAGUGAGAUAUGUGGUAAUAUUAGAUGAUGUAUGGGAUACGUUCUCUCUUAAUGAUGUUGGAAUUCCGGAUCUGAAGGCGCAAAAUAGGUGCAAAGUAGUUAUUACCAGUAGAUCAAUUGAAGUAUGUAGUUAUUUGUGUUGUAAGAUUGUUGAAGUGCAACCUCUUUCACAAGAGGAGUCUCUAAAGUUAUUCCUCAAUACAGUUGGGAAUGGUGUUUCACAAGUUCCAGGGUUGGAAGACAUCUUGAAGCUUAUUGUGAAAGAAUGUGCCGGUUUACCACUAGCUAUUGUUGUAAUAGCUGGAAGCAUGAGGGGAGUUAAUGAUGUUAAAGUGUGGAGAAAUGCACUGACUGAAUUACAAGAUCGUGUAAAGAGUGUGAAAACUUCAAAUGAUGAGAUAUUUAAGAGAUUAAGAUUUAGUUUUGAUCGGUUGGAUAGUUUGGAAGUUCAGAAUUGUUUUCUUUAUUGCUCUUUAUUUCGGGAGGAUUAUGUGUUUUCUAGAAGAGAGCUGAUAGAAUGUUUGAUUGAUGAAGGACUAAUUGAUCGGUCGCUAAGUAGAGAAGCAACUUAUAAUAGGGGCCAUGCUAUUAUAGAUAGGCUUGAGAAGAAUUUCUUAUUAGUAAAAGAUACUUUUCACUCAGGUUUAUUUUACUAUGGUAAUGAGCAAAUUAGUUUUCUUAGUGCUGCUGUUAAGAUGCAUGAUGUAGUGAGAGACAUGGCUAUUAGAAGCAUUGGUUCUGAAUUUGGAUAUAUGAUAAAAGCUGGUAUGAAUUGGGUAGAGCUACCAGAUGAGCAUGGUUGGGUAAAAGACCCUAAGAAGUUGUCUCUAAUGGAAAAUAACAUUUUAAAAGUUCCUCUUAGUUUGUCCCCAAAGUGUUCAACCCUUACAACUUUGAUAUUAUCAAGCAAUCCAAAUUUGUCAGAGAUUCCAGAAUCCUUUUUUGAUGAGAUGCUUGCUUUGAAGGUUCUUGAUCUCUCUAGCACUGCUGUUGAGACUCUACCUAAUUCCAUCUCUAAAUUGAAGAAUCUAUCUACCUUGCGAUUACAACUUUGCAAGAAGUUAAAGUACUUGCCUUCCUUAGCAAACCUCAGGGGAUUGAAGAAGUUGGACUUGCACGGGGCAAGGAUUGAGGUGGUCCCUCAAGGCAUGGGGAUGCUGAUAAGUCUUGAAUAUCUUGAUUUGUUAUUUUGUCCAAAUUUAAAAGAGAUUCCAACAGGAAUAUUACCUAACCUUUCCAGUCUACAAUACUUAGCAGUAAGUUGUUUGCGAGAAACUACAACAGUGAGAAAUUUUGAAGAGGUUGCUAGAUUGAAGAAGUUGGAGACUAUAGAAUGUCAAUUUGAUGGCAUACAAGACUUCAAUUAUUUUGUCAACAAGUUCAAAGAUUUCCUGAGUGCUACUGCGUACAGUCUUGUAGUUGGGACCGCAGAAGACAUGAUUAGACUGGGCAAAUAUGAGCUUGUAAUUACUGAUUGUGAGAUCGGAGAAGAAUGUAUAGUGCUUCCAAAUAACCUUGAAGAUUUGUGGAUAAUUGGGGGUGAAAACAUAAGAAGCAGCUUAAGCAAAAUAACUCUGUUAGAGAAAGCAAACGACUUGAGGAGGUGUUAUAUUAUCGGUAGUGAAGAGAUAGAGUGUGUGUUUGAGUUGGACUCAUCCUCCUCCUCAUUGUGUUGUCCAAUACUUGAUAAGCUUGAAUUGCUGAAACUUCAGCAAUUGCCUAGGUUGUGUGAACUUGUGAGAGUGGAACGAGUAGAAACACCACCACAUGUCUUUUCCAAUCUUAAACAACUUGAAAUAAUCCGAUGUUGGGGAUUGAGGAAGUUGCUUCCACUUGAGCUAAUGCAGGCCCUCCAAAACUUAGAGGAGAUUAUAGUUUUGACUUGCGACCAAAUAGAGGAGAUAAUAGCAUCAUCAGAUUUAGAUGCAUCAUCAUCAGAUAAAUUCACUUUCACUUUUCCUAAGUUAAGGGAAUUGCGCUUGUGGAACUUACCCCAAUUGAAAAGCAUCUGCAGUGCCAAAGGAGUUAUGGUUUGUAAUUCUAUUGAAAAAAUUGUAAUGAGCGGAUGUCCAGAAUUAAAGAGGAUCCCUGUGCAGCUUCCCCAACUUGAUAACGGCCAACCAUCUCCUCCUCCUCAUCUCAAAGAAAUCAAGAUAGGUGAACAAUCAAAAGAAUGGUGGGAAUCAGUGGAGUGGGAUCAUCCUGAUGCUAAGAACCUCUUUCAACCUUUCUUGAAAUAUUCUAACAGAUGUUGGGAUUGAGGGAAGUGAAGCAGGAAAAGAGGAUUUAGCAAGGGGUAACUUGCACUUUAUGCUAUGUAAGUUUCCACUUAGUGUCUUGUUUCUAUUUCCUUUGAUGGUCUAUUAGCUUUCAUUCAUACCAUGACAAUCUACAACUUGCCUUGUGAUUUUUUGUUUUGCAAAUUGGCCACCAUUUGCCCCAGUUGUUCAUAAUGAUAUUGCAAAUGAUAUACUGAUUUAUUGACAGGAGUUGAUAUAUAUUGCCCUUUCAUCAUUCUUAGGUAUGUAAGCUUUUUGCAUUUUUACUUUUCGUUAUGGUUAUUUUAGUGUUUCAUUUUGGUAGAUUAUAUUUACUGACUAAAUACAUGCAAUUGUA